UUACUUUGUAUUAAAACAAAUAAACCUUUUUCGCAAUGCGAUGUUUACGCUCGUAAAAUCAAAAUACCCCCGACAUUGUCGUGGGAUUAUUUCGUACGUGACGAUCAGUCCGACGUUAUUAUUUUGGAUUUCACUCCGAAGCAACAAUAUAAACUUUGUCGCGUAGCAACAAAAAUAACGGCCAUAAAACCCCGAAGCAAAGGGACACUGGCAGGUUUGUCAUUCUCGCCAAAGCGAUGUUAAGCUUCCUUCUAAUUCUCGUCGCUGUUAAUGGUGGUGCGUGUGUGGAUUGGUGCGAGCUGAGCUGCAAGCGGGAAGACGCGACCUACAAGCAUACCGUUUGCGAAAGGGGAGAGUCUUGCCCGCCGGAACCCGGGUGUGAAGACGCCGAUAUAUUUACCGACGAGAUGAAAAAGUUCCUUCUUGACGAAACGAACAGAUACCGAAACAUGAUCGCUUUGGGAGAAGAGCCUAGGGUACCCGAGGAAUGGAAAGGCGCAUCGGACAUGAUGGCGCUGUCUUGGGAUAACCAACUGGAAUACGUUGUCAGAUGUCACAUUAGACGAUGUAAAUUUGAGCACGACAAGUGCCGAAUCACCCCGAAAUACUCGAGCGGCCAAAAUCUGGCGAUCACGGUGUUCAAACCGAAAGGAAACUGUACCCACAAGACCAUAACGAGGUUAAUGGCCGGCUGGUACAACGAAGUAGCCAAUAUGAAACCCGAAUAUUACGGGUCAUUCCAGGACGUCGGCAGUCUCGCGAUGGACAAAAUGAUCGGCCAUUUUACCCAGCUGGUGUGGGCCAAGACGGAAUACGUGGGUUGCGCUAUAACCACAAAAGUCUCGGAGGGAGAAACCAUGUGCCUAUUGGGUUGCAAUUACGGACCUACCGGAAACUACCUCGAGGAUCCGGUUUACACGAAAGGCGCACCAUGUUCUCAGUGCCCGAACGGACUGAAGUGUAACUCGGUGUACGGCGGACUCUGCGGGGAAAUUACUGAACCAACAUCAGGAUCUUUCUCCAUUAGCAUAUCGGAUUCUUUUGUUCUAUGUUUAGGCAUGAUUGUUUCAAUUCAUUAUUUAAUUAAUUAAUAUUUAUUCGA